GCGGGGGCAGCGCGGACAAUGCCGGGCCUGCGGCGGUCGCGGCCCGCGCCGGGGCGGGGCUGCGGGGGCACCGCGCGGGCGGGGGGCUCGGCCGGCCCGGGGCGGGAUCCCUCUGAGGGGGCACACGGGGAUCUGGGAGUCCUCACAGCAUCCCUGCGCGGCCGGGGGUCCGCCCGUCCCGCCCGCCCGGCCGGCGGGGCUGGGAUGGGGGUGCGGGAUGGGGGUGCCCCGCGUUCCGCGGCCUCGCUGGGGCGCGGGCCGGGCGGGGUGUCCCCGGCUCGGGCUUGUCACGGCCCCGCGCCCCGCCCGGGGCCCGACACCCCCCGGCAGAUCCCCGGGGAGCCCCGCGGCUGCCCCGGCUCCCCUCAGCCUGCCCGGACACCCCUCGCCCUGUCCCUGGUGUCCCCUCGGUCCCGGAGGGGAGAUGUCACCUCAGCCACCACCCCACGGCACCCGGGAGCAGGAAUCCCCCUUACUCCCAGCCCACCUCGUCCAGGAGCAGGAUCCUGCUCACCCCACCCCAUCUCACCCAGGAACAGAGAAUUCCGCUCACCCCCAUCCUGCCCCAUCCAAGGGGCAGGAUUUCCCUCACCUCCAACCCAUCUCAUCCAGGUGUCCCACUUACCCUCACUCCACCUCAUCCAGGGGCAGGAUUCCCCUCACCCCCACCCCACCUCAUCCAGGAACAGGGAAUCCCGCUCACUCCCAUCCUACCUCAUCCAGGAGCAGAGACCCCCCUCACCCACAUCCCACCUCAUCCAGGAGCAGAGACCCCCCUCACCCACAUCCCACCUCGUCCAGGGGCAGGAAUCCUGCUCACCCCACUUUCCUCAGUCAGAGACACUGGCCUUCCCCGGCAGCUCACCCCUCCGGAGGGUUUUUCCCAUUUCUGGGAGCCGUAGGGCUUUGUUGUCGUGUCACACCUUCCAGAGAAGGGGCCAUUUUAAACCCAUCCCCACACAACCCUCCCUGAGGCCGGGGGAUUUGGGGGCAGCAUUGACGGGGAGCCGAGCAGGGUGACGAGGGAGGAGGAAGUUCUGUGGCGUCUUCCUGCAAGGCUUCAGUUCCCUCUGGAGCCGCCUGGAUCCUCCAGCGGCUGCUGCUUCCCACUGGAGCCAAAGCUGGUCCCACAGGUGGGCUGCACCCACCAAGGGGCUCCUCCGCCUUCACGCGUCGCUUCACCCACUGCCACGCUGUUCCGUAGGAAAUCAGGUUUUAUCCAGCCAUUUCCCGUUAUUUGAGGCUGCUGGGGAGAGUAAUUUGCCAUUUCCUCCGGAGUCAUAUUCCGUGUGAGCUCACUCACCGCUGCUCCAGGUAUCCUGGCUCCUCAGGCGGAGCAGGGUGAGCUGAGCUGCGAUGUUUAGAUACACAAAUUACAUCCUAAUUUGUGUAGAUGAGUGUAGGAUUUCCCAUGGUAAUGAUUAACAGUUCAGAGACAAGCUCCAGGAAACGCUGGGAUAGCGGAGUGUGUGAUCCGAGCCAGCGGAGCGGGCAGGGGGGCUUUUUUGGGAGGGUGAGGGGUGGAAAAUCAGCAAAGCUCAUUUGAUCGGGGCCGUGUUUGACUGUGACUUAACGAGGGUCGUCAGAUCCUCGGGUAAACCGGAGGGAAAACUUGCCAGGGAAUGUGCUGCCGUUCUCAGCUUUGUCUCACAGAGCGUGUGACAGACGUGUCAGCCCCGCGCGCGUUGGGAAUUGCACACACGUCCACGCGCUGGUGCUUCCCCUUCAGGUCCGGAUGGCAGGAGAAGGGAAUGCAAAUGAUGCCGGGAGGGAUGGAAGCGUGGAAAACAUCCUCUUGGGAAGUACAACCUUGGUCCGGCAAGGCAAUUGGGCACAUCCCUCAGCCUGUGCUGCUGAGCCCCACUCCGGUGAAAUGUGAUGUGUCACUGAGUUGAUGAACUCUCCCCUUAGAUUCUCUGCAAGAAUCUGGAAGCAUCCACGGAUCCAAGCUGGAUCUCUGUGGGAUCAGCCGCCUUCCCCACAGCUCAGAGUCAUACCCUACAUCCCACAGACCUGUUCCUAGAGGAUUUCCUGGCGCUUUGCCGGGCUGGUUGACAUUGCAAUGACUGCAGCAUUGUCCGGUGACAUCAGUCCAUGGGGUGAUUAUUCCUCUGCUACAUUUUUCAGCUGGCGAAGGAGGAGGCUCAGGCUUUUCCUGAAGCUGAGGAGGGAAGGAGAAAGUCCUUGCUUUGUUCUAAAAUCGGGCUUAUGGGUCAUUAAAAAUAUUAGCGCUAUUUUGAAACGGAUCAAACUUUGUCCCAGUUACUCAGGCCUGGAAACAGGCAGCUGCUUGGUGUAACCCCUCCUUUGUUUCAUGAAAAUAAUUGAGCUUUUUUUAAAAGCUCACAGAGCAGGUUGGGGUGAGCGAGUGGGGGGUGUUGCCCCCGGUCAAAGCUGGCUCGCUGUCACAUCCCUGGGAGCUCAUGUGGUGGGGUGUGAUGCACCCAGAGCAGGAUUUAGCCUUGGGCUAAAGGUCAGCAUAAGGCUAUGCCUCAUUUAAGGCUCUUCCUGAACGUUGCUAAGUGGUGCACAGACCUCACAACUGCUGCCAGUUGAAUGGUUGAGGCAGCUGAAGAUGAUAAAAAAAUCACUGUGAGUAGGGGACCCUGCUUUUCCCAAAAUAAGGAAUGUUGGUCGAAAUCCUGCUUGGCACGGUGAAGUCCAGCCAGCUCAGGGAAGGUUUGUAGUGGAUUACACUGAUUUUCUUUCCUGAAAUUGUUUGUGCUUGGCAGUUGCUGAUGCUCAACAGCCCCAAUCCAGUAAAACCAUUAGAGAUCCCCUCUCCCAGUUGCUCCUUUAAACAGCACAGACUGGAACAAAUUGUGUGAAAUCUCAUGUUUCCCGUCGUGCAAUUGGAAUGACCCACCCAUCAAGAAUUCAGUUGUAAAACCAUAAAAGGGAUUUCAGAGGUUAUAGAUACUUUGUGGUGGGGGUUUUCAAGCUGGAUAGGAGAUUUAUGAGAGCUCCUAAUGGGAGCCAGGAAAAGCCAAGGAACUGUUUUGAGGAGAAGGGGCUUGUUUCCAGCACAGGCCAGGCCGAGAUCAUCCCUGCCACACAUUUAGGCUGCACAGCAAUGGGUUAAACUGGGAAGAAAAGGAUGAUUUUGGUAGGUUGUUUUUCCUUUCUGUUUGUUAUUUGAUUUCUGACCUUUUAUGGUGGAUUUUCAGAUUCCACUUCCUGGCGUUUCUUUGUGAGUCCGAGUGCUGGGAACCUGACAAGUGAAAGCUGAGAUGCUUCAGACAGAGGGGCCUUUACACAAAAAGCCAGAAAUAUUCACAACUAAAUGUCUGGCUUGUAAAUGAGGGGGAAAAAAUGAAGUGCUGGGACUUGAAAGAAGAGACAAGACAACAUUACAACAUAAAUAUGAUCACAGAAUCAUGUGGAAUGGUUUGGGUUGGAAGGGGCCUCUAAAUGUCAUCUCGAUCCAACCCCCCUGCCAUGGGCAGGGACACCUCCCACUAGCCCAGGUUGCUCCAAGCCUCAUCCAUCCUGGCCUGGAACACUUCCAGGGAUCCAGAGGCAGCCACAGCUUCUCUGGGCAACCUGUGCCAGGGCCUUUCCACCCUCCCAGCCAGGAAUUCUUUCCCAAUAUCCCAUCUAACCCUGGGGUUGGUUGUGUCUUGCCGCAUUUUCCCUGCUAAGCCCAUGGAUGAGAAGCAGCACAUGGAAAUAUUGUUUAGGGCCUGAGUGAUGCUCAGGGGCAGAGGGAUUUAUUUUAACUCCCCUGGAUCACUGACUGGAACCUUCUCCAGAGGGAGAAGGAGUCUGGGAUGGGCUCUGGGAGGCAUGAGGUGGAUCAUUUCUGGAAGUCACUUCAAUCCAGAGAGACCCCCAGUUCCCUUGUUCCUGCCAGAAAUGUUCCCACUUGCCAUCAGCUGAAGGAAAAUGGAAUGUUACAGAAGGAAAGGAACUGAAUGUGAAUUUCCCCAAUGAGGUGGAGGCUCUGGAGAAGGGGCUGAACUCUGCCAAGCCCACAAAGUAUAUAUCAAGUAUUUAAAGCUCUCUAUAUACAUAAAUGUUUUCUCCAGACUGUAAUUGCUUUUAAUGCUGUAUCCUAGGAUUUUGUGGCAUGUUUACCAAACUUUAAUUUCCAGGCAAUUUUAGCAACAAAAGGGUAAAAAUAAUUUCAUGUCAGAAAUUACUAAAUCCAGCACUGGUGGUGGAGAUGAAGGGAGGCUGUUGCUGACAAACAGAGCAGAUGAAGGAGCAUGCAGAAAAUGUGUGCUAGGGGUGAAGCAGGAGUUUUGGAGGUGUAUUCCUGGAAGUGUUCCAGGGCAGGUUGGACAGGUCUUAGAGCAGCCUGGUCUAGUGGAAGGUGUCUCUGCCCGUGGCAGGGGGUUGGAAUGAGCUGGUCUCUAAUUUGCUUCAUUCCCAAGGUAGCUGUGUGCUUGUGUCUCUGAAGCCUGCUAAUAAGGAGCUCAGCCUGGGAAUUCCACAGCAGCAGGAAUUGCUGUUGCUUCAGAGCCAGCUGAGCACUGGAGCUUCAAGUGAGUGGUAGUAGGUGUUGCCAUUAAAAAGCUUCACGUUGGACUUUGGCAUUUGAGGUGUUGUAACAGAGAGAUUUGGUGGCUGGUGAUCAUCCAAGCUCUUGUUUCUGUGGUCCCAAACCACUCGUGUUAUCAGCAGGAUCAUUCAUCUCCUUGUUCCCUCUGCCAGAGGGAGAAGGGGCUGAGCUGGCCACGCUGCAGCAGAGGUGCUGCCAGCUGGGUGACUCAGGGCUGGCAGGAAGGAGGUGCACUCCACGUCCUGCCACUGCUCCAAAAAAAGCAAGGGAUGAGUACCAACCCUGGCAGGAGCAGCCACUCCGUUCAGCUCCCUGCUCCAACAAUCCUGGGGCGCAGAGGAGCGGGAUGCUCACCAGGAGAAUGUGGGAGUGCAGGUUGGAUUGGGCAGGGGGGUUAGUUCUGCUGUGCUGUUGGGGUGUGAGAGUUUGCCCUGACUUUGGAGAGGACAGUUUGGGAUCUCAAAGGGAGCCUGCCAAGUGUGGCCUCUGACAAUCACAGAAUCAAUUAUGUUGGAAAAGACCUCUGAGAUCAUGGAGUCCAACCUGUGACCGGUCACCACCUUGUCAACUAGACCAUGGCACUAAGUGCCACAUCCAGCCUUUCCUUGAACACCUCCAGGGACAGCAACUCCAGCACCUCCCUGGGCAGCCCAUUCCAAUUUACCUGCCAUUCUUGAUUAUUGAAGGACAGGGCUCAUUUUUUCCAGGACAGUUUUCUUCACCUGUUUAUCAGCAGUGCCCUGCAGCUCCCUGGGUGCAGAUCUUUAUCCCGGGCUCUGUCACUGACCCAUCAUUUCCAGAGGUUCCUGGCAGAGCUGGAGUUAGAUCUGUACUUCCAGUCUGGGAAGGUGCAAUUGAUUUCCAAAUAGGGCACAAAAAGGUCUGGCUCUGCCUUCCCAUUCCCUGCUGCAUUUCCCAGACCACCAGCCCCUGGUGUAAGGGGACAGCAGGAGUCCUGACAGAGGUGAAUGUGUCACUUCAGGGGGGCUUGGUGGCUCUGGUUAGUGAAUGGGCAACACCUGGGGCUUUCCCUGCUGGAUCUGGGAUCCUCUGAAUCCAUGGGGCUGAAAAAAUCCCAGCAGAGGUGUGAGCAGGGUGGAGGGGGGUUGUGUGGCCAGCAGUGACCUGGAUGCAGGAUUUGCAUGGAGAGAGACUAUUUACAAUGGCCUGGAGUGCCAGGCCAGGGGGGAAUGGCUUUACACUGAGAGAGGGCAGGGUUAGGUGGAAUACUGGAGAAAAAUUCUUCCCCGUGAGGAUGGUGAGGCCCUGGCACAGGUUGCCCAGAGAAGCUGUGGCUGCCCCAUCCCUAGAAGUGUCCAAGGCCAGGUUGGACAGGGCUUGGAGCAACCUGGGCUGGUGGAAGGUGUCCCUGCCCAUGGCAGGGGGGUUGGACCAAGGUGAGUUUUAAGAUCCCUUCCAACCCAAACCAUUCCAGAAUUCCAUGAUAUAGAAAGGGGUGGUGAUAUAGAAAGCAGGUGUGUGUGUGGUGAAAACCAGCUUGGGAGCCUUUCUGUCCUGCUGGCCUGGAACCCUUGGGGAGCACGGGUCGGGCAGGACUGCAGAGCACGGAUGGGUGUGAGAGAGGGCUUUGCCCAGCCAUGGUUCCUGCUCCAUCCUCUCAAAGACAGUCUCCCAGGAGCACCUCAGUCUAGACACCUCAUGGCAGCCCCGUGCUGAGGGAAUUUGCCAACUCAUGGCCAGGCUCGGUGCCUCGGGAUGCAGCCCUGCCCUGCGUGCAUCCUUUGUGCAGGAUCGACACAGGUUGUUGCUGAACAACACCCCCUCUGCCCUGGCAGUGUGUGUGUGCUGCUUCCAUGCUUUAUUUCCCAUUUUUCCCUCGUUAGCUGGAUGAGAAGCAGAUCUCUGCGCCAGCCUGUCUGGGAGAGGAGGAGAGGAUUCCUGGUGCAUGCUCAGAGCGCUGCCGCCUCUCCCGGCCUCCCCAGAGCCCUGCUGAUCAUCACUGCCUGUCAUGUGGCACAUGAAUUCAGCAUGAAUAGAGGGAGCAGAACUCAUGUCCCAGCAGCAGCCACGCUGGAUGUGAUCAGUGCAAGGGGGACAACAGCUUGGAGAGGGAUGUGUGGCUUUGCCAGAGCCGUUGUGGAGGGCAGAUAAGCCUCCUGGAAGCUGAAGCUCUCUGGAGAGGGAUGGGGGCUGACUGUAAGCUCUGUUCAGGGCUUGGCUCGUGGUGUGCUUGGUGGCACUGUGAUAUGUGAGUGGUGUAAAAGGCAGCUGCAGAAAGGACCCACAGGGAUAUCACUGCUGAUCAAACUAAUCCCUGGAGAGCUGCUGAUAAGCAGCCUGACACAGUCGAUACAGGGAUACUCUAUUCCAAGGAAAUAACAAGAAGUUAAAGAUUCCCAUCAAACCUCUGUUUUCUCCCCUUGGUGUAUUGUGUUUUUCAGUGUGGUAACUUGGUUUGAAUACCCUCAGAAUACAGCACUGCAUGACAUCUGUGUGUUUGUGUGGGUGACAUCUGAGCUGGGGUUGUUCAGCUGGAGAAGAGAAGGCUCCAGGGAGACCUCACUGUGGCCUUCCAGUGCUGAGAGGUGGCUUAUUGAAAGGAGGGAGAGCGACUUUUUACAUGGGCAGAUAGUGAUAGGACAAGGGGGAAUGGGUUUAAGCUGAAAGGGGAGAGAUUAGUUUGGAUAUUGGGAAGGAAUUCCUGGCUGGGAGGGUGGGGAGGCCCUGGCACAGGUUGCCCAGAGAAGCUGUGGCUGCCCCUGGAUCCCUGGAAAUGUCCAAGGCCAGGUUGGACGGGGCUUGGAGCAACCUGGGCUAGUGGGAGGUGUUCCUGCCCAUGGCAAGGGGUGGAAUGAGCUGGGCUUUAAUGUCCCUUCCAACCCAAACCACUCCAGGAUUCCAUGAUUUCAGCAGGGGGAUCGGAGCCCAGGCUGCCCACCCUGCUUUCCACAGGCAGUGCUGAGGUGAUGAGACUCCUGGGAUCCAAGGAAGCACGAGAGCAGGGCUGGCAAGUUGGCUUUCUCAGGCUCUGGUCUGGCAGGCUGUGUUUGCACAGAUGAUGGGACAUGGCUGCCUUUCAUCCUCUGGGAUGAAAUGUAUUUAUUGUGCAGGCUCAUUUCAGGACAAGGCUGAUUUAUUAGUGGCUCUCUGGGAAGCAGUCAGCACUUCUGUGCCCUGUUCUUCCAUAGCUGAGGAAAAACAGGCUUCAGCAAGCAUUCACCAAAGGUUGCAUAAUUAGUGGCAUGGAAUUUACCUGAUUUAUUCUCCUCUAGGAGCUUAAAUACAUUAGACACGUCUGUCAGUCUGCACACAGGCACAAUGUGAAAUACGCUGCUUUAAUUUAAUUAAUUUUAGCCAAAAGUCAGUCCUAGACCAGUUGGAGAAUGUUAAUUUUAUUUUUUUUUAACGCUGUCUGACAGUACAAAUGCAAAUGCAAAUUCUGCUCUCCUUCCCCUUUCCCGCUUGGAAUGGCCAUAUGGAAAAGGGAACGUGGCUUCCACCCCGCUUCGGAGCCAUGGAAAUGAGCUGUUAUGAAAUGGGGAAAAGGAACUGUGUCCUGACAAUUUCUGAAUGAGCAGCUGGAGAAUUGACGUAAUCGCGAGGCGCCAGGAGAGGGCCGGGAGAAAGGAGGAGUCAUCCCUGAAAACGAGUGAAAACAAAACUGUGCUUAGGAAAGCUGAGCCCCCCCCUUCCUUUCCUUUUUGGCCGGAUGGUGUUUUGCCAUUGCCAGGUACAACUUCCUUCGAAGCAAAUAACUCAUUUCUGGCCAGAAAAGACCAGUUCAGGUAAUUGAUUUCCAGUAACGUGCAGCCAUCUUACAAAAUUAAUCCCUGGCUCUCCAGUGGGGCAGAUAAUCUAAUAAGCAGAGCAUGGAAGUUUCAUCACAUGGAAGUAAAUAUGAAAAUAAUUAUGAAAAAGGUAAAGUUCUGUCUGCCAGUGGCACACAUGAAAGAAGCAGAGACAACAGGGAUGAAAUUAGUUCAGAGACCUGCUUGAUGUGAUCUGUCUCCCCUGAUGUCUCCAGUGAGCUGGGAAAUCCAUAUAUCCUGCUCAUAAUACCUUGUGUUUUGCCCCUGUGUUGUGCAAACAGUCUGAUUUUCCUAGUGUUGAGGUGAUGGAAUUAAGGACAUU